UCUGCAGUUGGCGUCUAGUGAGCCCUCGUCCGCACGGAGUGACGGAGAACUGUUUCUCAGCGGAACGGAGAAGGCGACGGAAACCGUACAAUGCGUUAGUACGAGGAAACGGCAAUCCCGGCGAAAAGAAAACCAUUUCCCACACCUGAUCGUAUUCCCCGAGCCGGCCGAGGCGGCGGGGGGGACAUGGCUUGAUCGUAGGCGAAGUGUCGAGUGCUGUGUUCGGGAUUUUCUUGUAGCAGCAGAUUCUGCCGCCGCCACCAGGAACUUUUUUUCACUGUCGGCCCGACAGUGGCGGCGGCUCUCUCCCCGGAGCGGUGUCCCAUUUUGCCCCAUGCAAAACCUAACGGUCCCUGGCAGCCCCAACAACUUCAAUGUCACCUGCUCUUGCAACUGCACCGCUUCCCAGCCCCAGGGAAUGGAGAUAUCUGAACUGGAGUUUGUUCAGAUUGUCAUCAUCAUCGUGGUGAUGACGGUGAUGGUGGUGGUCAUCAUCUGCCUGCUCAACCACUACAAGCUCUCCACCUGGUCCUUCAUCAGCCGUCAGAGCCAGGCCCGACGCCACCAGCACGCCCUGCAGCAGGACGGCUGCCUGUGGCCCUCAGACGGCGGCUCUCGGCAGAAUGCCUCAGAGGUGCUGUACGCCCCCCAGGCGCGUGAGGCCCGCUUCGCCGCGCCCUCCUUCAUGCAGCGGGACCGCUUCGGCCGCUUCCAGCCCACCUACCCGUACCUGCAGCACCAGAUCGACCUGCCGCCCACCAUCUCGCUGUCGGACGGCGAGGAGCCGCCCCCGUACCAGGGGCCCUGCACGCUGCAGCUGCGCGACCCCGAGCAGCAGAUGGAGCUGAACCGCGAGUCUGUGCGGGCGCCGCCCAACCGCACCAUCUACGACAGUGACUUGAUCGACAUCGGGGGGGUGGGCGUGGCGGCGGCGGGCGGCGGCGGCGGCGGCGGCGGGGGCGGCGGGGGCCCGCGGCCGCCCAGCAGCAACUCUGGCAUCAGCGCGGUGAACUCGUGCAGCCGCGGCCGCAUGGAGGGCCCGCCCCCGGCCUACAGCGAGGUGGCGGGCCACUACCCCGGCACGGCGUUCUUUCUACACCAGCACAGCAAUAAGCAGAGGGCGGGCGGGGGGCCCGGCGGGGGGCCCGGCGGGGGUCCCGGGGCCAGCGCCAUCCAGCCGCAGAGCCGCAGCCGAACGGAAAGCACAACAGCACCUGCCAAGGCGAAGGACGGCCCCCCGGACGGCAUGGUGUAG